GCCGGGGGCAGUGCGCAGGCGCAGGUUGCAGUUUCGUGCAUGAGCCAGCCGGUGGGCUGAGUGUCAGUGAGCCGUGUUCCUGGCUCCUUUCUCUGGAUUGGGAAUCUGAGGAUGAGGUUGGAUUGUGAGUAUCGAGAUGAAUAACGUUUCAGCAUUGGCACGGUGUUUGGAGAUCGAAGCAGCUGUGCCUGUUCAAGCCGCGGCCGGCGUUCUGCGCACUUUCGUGGUUGGAAGGCAUCGACGUUCGGAUAGCUACCAGCCCUAUUUCUUGUUGAAAAGUUCCACAAUUUCAUUUUAAUAACAUUGACGUGUUAGAAGAAAGGGAAUCAUGGCAACACCCCCCGUGCCUGGUGCCGGGAUGCCUGGAGCAUUUUCUGGACCCCAGGGUCAGGCUGGCCGUGAAGUUAACACAGCUUCCCUUUGCCGAAUUGGCCAAGAGACGGUGCAAGACAUUGUCUCGAGAACCAUGGAGAUCUUCCAGCUUCUCAGGAACAUGCAGUUGCCAAAUGGUGUAUCAUAUCACACUGCCACCCAUCAGGAUAGGCAGGGGAAACUGCAAGAGCACCUUCGACAGCUCUCUGUGCUCUUCAGGAAGUUACGACUAGUCUACGACAAAUGUAAUGAAAAUUGUGCUGGCUUAGAUCCUGUCCCAAUGGAGCAACUUAUUCCAUAUGUGGAGGAUGAUAGUACAAAACAUGAAGAUCGUAGCUUGUUAAAUCAACUCCGCUUAGCAAAUGAGGAGAGGCGGGAAAUUGUAGAGGUAAAUAAGAGCCUCAAACUGAAAAAUCAACAACUGAAGCAAAUAAUGGAUCAACUGCGGAACCUGAUAUGGGACAUUAAUGCAAUGUUAGCAAUGAGAAAUUAAGUCAAAAUAUUCUUUUAGUUUGUUUUUGACUGAAUGUAUGCCAGUCAUGGCGAUAAUCAGAGCCAGCACUUUCUAGCCAAGUUUGAUGGCUGGUGUGCAGUUUUAAGUCCUUGUGCAAAAGAGUGUGCGCACAGAAGAACUUAUCCAGAGCUGAAGGUCACUUUGUGAUACAAUAUAUUAAUUUUAGAAACUAUAUUAAUCUAUUUGUGUAGCAAAUACUAGGUUUAUCCAUGUUGACACAGUGUAGGGUAGAAACCUUAAACCUACAGGGAAUUCAGUAUAAUGCUAAAAUGGGGAAUUGUGAGUAAAUGUGGUUAGCCCUGACCCAUAUUCCAGUCUAACAAAGCUGACUGCUGCAGCCAUGGGAUUAGUGUGUUUUUACUUUUUGGGUCUGAAACAGGUUUGUGUUGGCUUUAACUUUUCAGAAUUCUCAUUACAUUUGUAGCUGAGCCUUUUGUUUGUUAGUGUCCUGAGAAGAUUUUAAGAUCUACAAUGUCCACUGCUGCUGUCUUUUGAAAUUGGACGUGCUCUACAACUUUUCAAACUUAAAAUGAAUUUAGAGAAAUACAAGUCUAAUCCAAGUAUAGAUUUUCAAUGCAUUACCCUUUAGUUCUGUAAAACACUGUUCUAAACCUUUGCAUAGAAAUCAGUUCAUCAAACCAUAUUGUUCCAACUCAUUUCUUUUAUGUAGAAAUUCUAAUCUUCUGAAAACUAAUUGGAAAAUUAAUGUUAUUGUCACAAAACUGCAAAUCUUUAUUUUGAUAAUUGUAUGUUUACACUUGAUUUCUUCCAGGGUACUGUAAAAAAAAUAUUUUAGGUAUUUAAGUUUCACAAAAGUAGAAGGUGUUUUUCACAAUUAUGAUCAACAAUUUCAUGCAUCUACAGUAGUUGAAUUCUGGAAAUUACUGUACAGAGUAUAAGGCACUAAGUCCAAUGUACAGAUUCAGAUGCCAUUGUGAACCACAAGAAUAAAUAGUUUUAUUAGCUGAACACGCAACGUACAUUUUCGCUUUAAAAUCGGUUGUAUUUUGAAAUAGAGAUAAUUGUGAUUUUGUCUAGGAUUUUAGUUUUUAGGGAGGAAACAAUAUUGUCUGCCAAUGCUGACUCUGAUGCAGGAAGAUGAUCUGCUGAGAGAAGUAAUCACUAGGACCAAGACCUCAUGUUUAUUGAUAUACAGUUGCCAUUUUAUUAAUGAGUAGUUCAAUGUCCAGUAUGUCAAUUUGUUUUAAAUAUUAAACAUUUGAAUUCUGAAAGCUUUUAAAAUUA